GGCGUCGCUCCGGCGUUAGGCCGGCUUCUCUCCGCGGGCCGCGGGUAAAGUGCGGGUGGCCUAGGGUGCUGUAAGGGCCGCCUGGCGCGCUAAGGACCGCUAGCCACGCGGCGUCGGCUGGACGCCAGAGCCUCCGAGUCGUUGUGUCGUGACAACGACUCUGGUGGCUGUCUCCGCGACAGCAGGUGCGACCGCUUCAGCCCCAGGCGGGCUUGGCGGCUGACUGGCGAGUCUCUGCUCGCGCCCAGCCCUUUCCUUCCUGUACCCGGCGCCAAGCAGCGACGCUGAGCCGACCGCCGGAGCGGCGGGCAAUGGCGGCCUCGACGGCCUCGCACCGGCCCAUCAAGGGGAUCCUGAAGAACAAGAGCUCUACGACUUCCUCUGUGGUGGCAUCGGCCGAACAGCCCGGCAGGAGUGUAGACGAAGAGCUGAGUAAAAAGUCCCAGAAGUGGGAUGAAAUGAACAUCCUGGCGACAUAUCAUCCAGCAGACAAAGACUAUGGUUUAAUGAAAAUAGAUGAACCUAGCACUCCUUACCAUAGUAUGGUAGGUGAUGAUGAAGAUGCACUGAGUGAUUCAGAAACCACUGAAGCCCUGACCCCAGAUAUCUUAGCUAGGAAAUUAACUGCUGCUGCUGAAAGCUCGGAGCCAAAGUGUCGAGUUCGUGAACAAGAAAGCAGUGAAGAUGAGGAUAGUGACCUCUCACCUGAAGAACGAGAAAAAAAGCGACAGUUUGAAAUGAAAAGGAAGCUUCACUACAAUGAAGGACUGAAUAUUAAAUUAGCUAGACAAUUAAUUUCAGAAGACCUACAUGAUGAUGAGGAGGAUGAAGAAAUGUCAGAGACUGCAGCUGGAGAAAGCAUGAAUACAGAAGAAUCAAAUCAAGGAUCUACUACAUGUGACCAACUGCAAAACAAAUCACAGAGCUCAUAGAAGGGAUUCGUUCAGCACAGUAAUUGUCAGAUACAAACCCUGUUACUAUAA